AUGUCGCUCUGCCUCCAAGUUUCCAGACAUCUUUUGCGCAGGGGAGCAGUCUCCAGCCUUAUAUCUCCAAAUGCAUGUAGAACACUCGUUUGCACAACCCCGAACAAGGCAAAACUCGGGACAGCUCCUCAACCCGUAACCUCUGGCCUCCUUCCGUCGUACCACUGGACAAUUGAGCGCGUUGUUGCUGUUUCCAUGCUUCCCAUGUACCCAAUCGCGUUACAGUUUGAGCCGUACUUGAUGGAGUACGUUGUUGCAGCUGCUGUCUCUCUCCACGCUUAUUGGGGAUUCGGUGGUGUCAUCCGCGAUUACGCUAUCGAGCGUAAGUACGGCCCUCUCGUGCCCAAAGCCCUUCAACUUAUCUGGAAAAUACUGUGUGCCUUCGGAUUCGCAGGCUUCACCUACUUCAACUAUUAUGACAUUGGCGUUAUCAAGGGCGUAAAGAAGCUAUGGUCAUUCUAA